GUGAAGAACCUGACGGAGGAGAUGGCCGGGCUGGACGAGACCAUCGCCAAGCUGACGAAGGAGAAGAAGGCCCUGCAAGAAGCUCACCAGCAAACGCUGGACGACCUGCAGGCGGAGGAAGACAAGGUCAACGCCUUGAGCAAGGCCAAAGUCAAGCUGGAACAGCAGGCGGACGACCUGGAGAGCUCGCUGGAGCAGGAGAAGAAGAUCCGGAUGGACCUGGAACGGGCCAAGAGGAAGCUGGAAGGCGACCUGAAGCUGACCCAGGAGAACAUCAUGGACCUGGAGAACGACAAGCAGCAGCUGGAGGAGAAGCUCAAGAAGAAGGAGUUUGAGAUCCACCAGCAGACCAGCAAGAUGGAGGACGAGCAGGCGCUGGCUCUGCAGCUCCAGAAGAAGCUGAAGGAGCUGCAGGUGAGGGAGCUCGGCUCCACCUGGCUGGGUUGGGUUGAAGAGUCUCCCGUCGGGUGGGGAGAGCUGUCCCGCCAGCUGGAGGAGAAGGAGGCCCUCAUCUCCCAGCUCACCAGGGGCAAGCAGUCGUACACCCAGCAGCUGGAGGACCUCAAGAGGCAGCUGGAGGAGGAGAUGAAGGCCAAGAACGCGCUGGCCCACGCCCUCCAGUCGGCCCAGCACGACUGCGACCUGCUGCGGGAGCAGUACGAGGAGGAGACGGAGGCCAAGGCCGAGCUCCAGCGGUCGCUCUCCAAGGCCAACUCCGAGGUGGCGCAGUGGAGGACCAAGUACGAGACGGACGCCAUCCAGCGCACCGAGGAGCUGGAGGAGGCCAAGAAGAAGCUGGCCCGGCGGAUGCAGGAGGCCGAGGAGGCGGUGGAGGCGGUCAACGCCAAGUGCUCCUCCCUGGAGAAGAGCAAGCACCGGCUGCAGAACGAGAUCGAGGACCUGAUGGCGGACGUGGAGCGGUCGAACGCCGCCGCCGCCGCCCUGGACAAGAAGCAGAGGAACUUCGACAAGGCGGCCAUGAUGGCGGAGGAGCUGAAGAAGGAGCAGGACACCAGCGCCCACCUGGAGCGGAUGAAGAAGAACAUGGAGCAGACCAUCAAGGACCUGCAGCUGCGGCUGGACGAGGCCGAGCAGUUGGCCCUCAAGGGGGGCAAGAAGCAGCUGCAGAAGCUGGAGGCCCGCGGGAGGGAGCUGGAGAACGAGCUGGAGGCCGAGCAGAAGCGCAACGCCGAGAGCGUCAAGGGCCUCCGCAAGUCCGAGCGGCGCGUCAAGGAGCUCGUCUACCAG